AUGAGCGGAUCAAAGGCUUCAAACGCAACCGCUGGCGCCAAAGACAAGAGACCGAACUUCCUCGUCAUUGUUGCGGAUGAUCUAGGUUUCAGCGAUCUGAGCUGUUUUGGUGGCGAGAUUUGGACACCCAACUUGGACAAACUCGCCAGCAAUGGCUUACGGUUUACCGACUUCCAUGCGGCGGCGGCAUGCUCUCCCAGCAGAGCCAUGAUCAUGACUGGCACAGAUCAUCACAUCGCAGGUCUUGGAAAUCUCAUUGAAUGGACGAACCGAUCCGACCAGAAUGCACCUUCGGAGGGUGAGAUCAAGUAUUGGUCUACAGCACCCCAGCGUGGCAUGCCCGGAUACGAGGGAUACCUGAAUGAACGAGUCGUCACACUGCCUGAGAUGCUGCGCGAUGCUGGAUAUCUUACCAUGAUGGCGGGAAAGUGGCAUUUGGGCCUGACGCCAGAACGCUUCCCGCAUCAGCGAGGCUUUGAGCGUAGCUUUGCCCAUCUCCCGGCAUGCUCAAACCACUAUGCGUACGAGCCUCAGCUUGAGGGAAUGGACCAGAUCCCAGAGUUCAUGACCAUGUCCUUCAUCGCUUUGCAUGCUGAGGACGGCGAGUACGUGAAGAAGCUACCAGAAGGCUGGUACAGUACUGAAGGGUAUGGUGACAAGAUGCUGCAGUAUCUGAAGGAUCGCAAGGAGUCGAAAGAUGAGCGUCCGUUCUUUGCGUACUACCCAUUCACAGCUCCGCACUGGCCCCUCCAGGCUCCGGAUGAAUACAUCGAGCACUACAAAGGUGUCUACGACGAAGGUCCGAAUGUACUUCGCGAGAAGCGAUUACAAAGAAUGAAGGACAUGGGGUUGUGUGCGGAAGAUGUUGUGCCACAUCCAGUCGUGGCUGACGAGGUGAAAGAGUGGAAGGAUCUGACGCCAGAGCAGAGAGAGAAGUCGUGCAAGUCCAUGGAGGUCUUCGCUGCGAUGGUUGAGUGCAUCGACCACAACGUUGGAAAGGUCGUCAAGUAUCUUGAAGAGACUGGCGAGCUAGACAAUACUUUUGUGUGUUUCAUGUCGGACAACGGAGCGGAGGGAGCGGCUUACGAAGCGUACCCGAUUGUGCAGAGUACGAUGUUGGGACAUUUGGAGAAGUACUACAACAACUCGCUGGAAAACCUAGGUCGAGGUGACAGCUUCAUCUGGUACGGGCCAAGAUGGGCACAGGCCGCUACCGCACCGAGUCGGUUGUACAAAGCCUUCACGACCGAAGGCGGUGUUCGUGUGCCAUUCUUGGCCAAAUUCCCGACUGGCAUGAACGUUCGUGCUGACGGCGAAGCUCUCACCUCCGGUCCGAUCGAAGUCAAAGACUCAGGCGCGCACGUUAGUAAUGAGAACGGCAGCAUCACCAGCACAUUCAGCACAGUCAUGGACCUUGCACCGACGAUCCUUGAAAUGGCCGGCGUCAAGCACCCUGCUCCAAUCUACCAAGGCCGCGAAGUCGUCUCCAUGCGCGGCAAGAGCAUGGUCCCCUACAUAAACGGCGGGGCAGCCUCAGUCCACCCAAAAGACUUUAUCAACGGCUGGGAAACCUGCGGCCGUGCAGCGGUCCGCUGUGGAGACUGGAAGAUCGUCUUCAUCCCCAAACCCAAAGGACCUGAGAAGUGGCAGAUGUACAACCUCGCCAAAGACCCUGGCGAGGUCAACGAUCUGGCUGAGCAGGAUCCAGAGCGGCUGGAGAAGAUGAUCAAGAUGUGGGAUCAGUAUGUCCUGGAGUGUGGGGUCAUCCCACUUGCGCCGGCGUUGGGACAGUGGAUUGCUGCUAUGGAGGAGCAGAUGCCGGAGGACGCUUGGAUGGAGUACGAGUAUUGGAAGGAGGGGGCGAGGGAUGAGCCGGAGAGGUUUAGGAGGGAUAUACCACGAUUUACUAGAGAGGUCAAGGCUAUGUAG